UUCUGAGCGUGGCGGGCAUAUGGGUCCGAUUUCAGUUAUAUCGCGGAAAUGGUGUGGAUAACGCCGGGUCAAGAAUAACAAAAACGGAAAAUACUAGAAAAGUAUAAUUUAUUGGAAUAAAACAAUCGCUUUGUUGUAUAUGUUAGUUUUCGGUUAGUGUCUAUUCUUACAUGGCGAACAUUAAAUAUGAACUUGUUCCAAAUGAGGAGCGAGAACCUAGCGAAAAGAAACCCUCAAAUUGGAUAGUGAAAAUAUUCUUUUUAAGCUUGGUGCUUUUAACCUUGGCAAUUUAUACCUUGAGCUGCGCAGAUAAUCCUCUGAAGAGCAGUGUAGCUCCUGAUAGCUCCACCGAGGAUCAAAUCGAAAUAAGCACCACCGCGAGCACGGAUAGAGUCCUAAAAGGCAGCACCUCAUUACCAGUUACUGGAGAAUCGAGAACAGAGACUUUAUAUGCAUUAGAAUCUAAUGGAAAAAAGUACUUCGUCAACAACCCGCAGUGCCAAAUGGGCCACCCCAAUCCCUUUGCCAGCAACAUCCAGCAUAUCUACAAGAAACAUUCCUAUAUUGUGUGUGACAAAAGUCCCGACAUGAUCACAGUGAUCUUUAAUCAAACGGACAGCACCUACAGGUUGCACAAGAACGAAAACUCCACCUGCUGCUUCAAACAGAUCCUUCGAGCAGGCUCUUCAACCAAUGCGGACCAUCAGUACAAGUUGCGUCCUUGCGUUGAAUUUCAGCAGGACCACUUGGUGCCAACUGAAGUGACUGCCAUGAUCACCUAUUGCCGCCGGCCUCCAUUCGAUAAGGUGUCGCAAAAGGACGCCUUCAGCUUUGUGCAUCCUCGGAAGGAUCGGAUCGAUAAUCCAACAUCGCUGCAUAAACGAAGGCCCAGUGUUUUGCUGUGGGGCAUUGAUUCUAUUUCACGAAUGACUCUUGAGCUAACGAUGCCCCGGAUGUUCGAGUAUUUGAACAGUCAGCAUUGGUUCGAGCUUCAGGGAUACAAUAAGAUGGGUGACAACACGUUUCCAAAUCUGAUGGCGAUUCUCACGGGAUUUAAUAAAACCUACGCGAACGCACGGUGCCAUCCUGAUAAAGUACGUGGUCUGGACGCCUGUCCAUUUAUUUGGAAGGACUUUAAGGACAAAGGAUACACAACGGCCUUCGCCGAGGACUGGAGCAAGUUCUCCACAUUUGACUACUCAAGCAGGGGCUUUUUCAAUCCACCGACAGACGUGUACGGCCGACCACUGGUCCUGGCCGUGGAGAAGGAGCUGAGGAUGACGCAGCAGGGUCAAAUGCCCUACUGCUUAGGGCGCAGGCCGGCUUCCGAGUACAUCUAUGACCUGGGAGUCCAGUUCACCAAGGUCAACCGGAACAGCAGCUUCUUUGGCAUGUUCUGGACCAACACAUUCAGCCACAAUGACUUUUCUAUGCCCUCUGCCAUGGAUGAGAGGAUGGUGAAGUACAUGCGGACGUUGGACAAAAACGGAAUAAUGGAUAACACCAUUAUCAUCUUCUUCAGCGAUCAUGGAGCCAGGUUUGGACCAUUGAGGAAAUUGGAUAGCGGUUUCGUGGAAGAACGGUUGCCCUUCAUAUAUAUCCGUGUUCCGCGUUGGAUUCGUGAGAAGUACCCGAAGCUCCUGCGCAACCUGCAGGUAAAUAGGAAUCGCCUCGCAUCACCGUACGAUAUCCAUGCCACCCUGAGACACAUCCUGGAGUUGGACACCCCGAAGGAUAAGCUUCCUCGCCCUGAGGGCUGCUCCACCUGCCACAGCGUUUUCGAGGAGGUGGACUGGUCCAGGAAUUGCUCCCAGGCCGGGAUCGAGGAGCACUGGUGCACGUGUGACAGCCUCUCCGAAGUGUCCACAACAGAUUCCAGUGCCAGGAGCAUGUCCACCCAGCUGGUGGAGUCCAUCAACAAAUAUGUAGCCAGCAAAAAAGGAGCGGAACGGUGCCGUCGGUUGAAACUGAGCCGAAUAUUCUCAGUCCAGAGAAGAGGGAACUCUAAUAGGUAUCUUAUCCAGUUGAGUGUGCAACCGGGUGACGCCCUUUUCGAGGCCACCGUGGAGUGGGAUACCAGUGCCCGAAGGAUUCCCGUUCAGAUGCCCAGCAUCAGUCGGUUGAACAUUUACGCCGGAAAGUCGGGAUGCUCGUCGGUUAAGGAGACCAGAAAGUACUGCAUCUGCUGAGUUCUAGCUCUAAACUCUGGACAACCGCAAGACCGCACAAAAAAGGACUCGCUACUGUAAUCUGCCGGAUCUCAGAGCCUUUGUUCUCCUGAGGUAUGGCAUCCUAUCUCUGGGGUGGAUCUGUGGCCGAAUGGUUAGAUGCUGGCAUCUACUUUGGCAAACGUAAUUGCAGCUUGGCAAAUUGUGCGAAUGGAAAAUUAGUUGACAAUUACAUGACAAUUGGCAGAUACUCGGGUAAUUGUCCAGUGAUUAGAAAAAGAUACUGGCUCCAAUUAACCAAAAUCUUUGCAAGUAUUUUUUAAGCUAGUUGUAACAGCCGCCUAAACAAUAUAAGUUAUAUCUACUACCCUAA